AUGGCCGCCCCCCCCCCCUGUCCGCUCCUGCCACAUAGCUGAAUAAAUCCAGCCUCCAUGUCCGACAGUAGCCUGCUUGUCACCCACUUUCACCUUUAAUACUUUCCGCCAGCCCCCAGAAACUAUUAAAACACUCUAGCGACGAGAAGUAUGUACGGCACAAGUUGAAGUCGUCGCAGAGAGACAAGGUACGGCAGUUCAUGUCCUUCACACAGGCAGGGGAGAGGACAGCCGUGUACUGCCUGACACAGAAUGACUGGAAACUAGAGGUAGCCACGGACAACUUCUUCCAGAAUCCAGACCUGUACUAUAAAGAAUCCAUGAAAACUUUAGCCGACCGCAAGAAGCUGGAGCAGCUAUACAACAGAUAUAAAGACCCCCAGGAUGAGAAUAAGAUUGGUAUAGACGGGAUCCAACAGUUCUGUGACGACCUGACCCUGGACCCGGCAAGCAUGAGCAUACUGGUGGUAGCGUGGAAGUUCAGAGCGGCCACACAGUGCGAGUUCAGCAAGAAAGAGUUCCUGGAUGGCAUGACAGACCUUAGCUGUGACAGUCCUGACAAACUGAAGGCCAUCCUUCCCAGACUAGAGCAGGAGCUGAAGGACACGGGGAAGUUUAAAGACUUUUAUCAGUUUACCUUUAACUUUGCUAAGAAUCCUGGACAGAAAGGUUUAGAGCUAGAAAUGGCUGUGGCUUACUGGAAUCUGGUACUUAGAGGUCGCUUCAAGUUUUUGGAUCUCUGGAACCGGUUCCUGACAGAACAUCACAAGCGUUCCAUCCCCAAAGACACGUGGAACCUUCUUCUUGACUUUGGCAAUAUGAUAGCAGACGACAUGUCCAACUAUGAUGAAGAAGGAGCAUGGCCGGUUCUCAUAGACGACUUUGUGGAUUUUGCACGACCGAUCGUGAUGGGCAAGAGUGGCAUGACAUAGUGUUUCACCCUCAGGCUUUAACUGGACUUCUCUCUUAGUUUUUCCUUUUUGCGAAUUAGGAUUUUUAAAAAAUAUAUAUAUAUACACGAAUAAGCCAAAAAAAAGAGACUUCUUUGAUAAUCUUGUCCGCAGAGUCAUUGAAGGUCUCUGCGGACGGAUGUUUUUAUUUGGACUUCAGGCGGGCUUUUGGAAAUGGUUACUUUGGAAUCAUUGGCACUAAAACGUCCGUCAUCCUGCUGUGGACUCACUGACCAGAUUGUUUUGCACAAGGAGGGGGUUGUGGCGGGGGGCAGCAGAAGUUAGCCAAGGAGUGAAAUCAUGCAUGUUUCUGUUGGUGCAAUGAAGCAGUGCCAUCCACUCUGCACUCACUCUUCAUUGUGUGGAGACUUCCCUGUUGGCUUCAUGCACAGUCUUUUGAGUUUGCUUUUAUAACAAAUCAAUCAAAGAAAUGGUGACGAAAUAGGAACGAGAUAAAGAUCCAGGUCAAUAUUUUAUAACGGGGGUGUCCAAAUUUCUGCCACUGAGGGCUGCACACUGAAGAUUCAAAUCACGCGGUGGCCAUUUUGAUAUCUUUCAUUUUCUAAACCAUUGCAGUAUGUAGGUGCCAGCACGGUGGUACAGGGGUUAGUGCAGGUGCCUCACAAGACAAAGGUCCUGAGUAGUCCUGAGUUCAGGAUCUUUCUGUGUGGAGUUUGCAUGUUUUCCCUGUGGGUUCUACUCCACCUUCCUCCCACCUCCUUAGACAUGCACCUGGGGAUAGGCCCCUCCCACCUUCAAAGACAUGCACCUGGGGAUAGGCCCCUCCCACCUCCAAAGACAUGCACCUGGGGAUAGGCCCCUCCCACCUCCAAAGACAUGCACCUGGGGAUAGGCCCCUCCCACCUUCAAAGACAUGCACCUGGGGAUAGGCCCCUCCCACCUCCAAGACAUGCACCUGGGGAUAGGCCCCUCCCACCUACAAAGACAUGCACCUGGGGAUAGGCCCCUCCCACCUCCAAUGACAUGCACCUGGGGAUAGGCCCCUCCCACCUUCAAAGACAUGCACCUGGGGAUAGGCCCCUCCCACCUCCAAGACAUGCACCUGGGGAUAGGCCCCUCCCACCUCCAAAGACAUGCACCUGGGGAUAGGCCCCUCCCACCUUCAAAGACAUGCACCUGGGGAUAGGCCCCUCCCACCUCCAAAGACAUGCACCUGGGGAUAGGCCCCUCCCACCUCCAAAGACAUGCACCUGGGGAUAGGCCCCUCCCACCACCAAAGACAUGCACCUGGGGAUAGGUUGAUUGGCAACACUAAAUGGUCCCUAGUGUGUGAAUGUGAGUGUGAAUGUUGUCUGUCUAUCUGUGUUGGCCCUGUGAUGAGGUGGCCACUUGUCCAGGGUGUACGCCGCCUUCCGCCCAAGUGCAGCUGAGAUAGGCUCCAGCACCCCCCGCGACCCCAAAAGGGACAAGUGGUAGAAAAUGUAUGGAUGGAUGCAAUAUGUAGAUUUCAAGUUUGGUCUGGAGGACCUGGAAGGAUCUCAGUCAGUUAAAAAUAAAUGUACAUAUUUUUUUUAUUUUUUUUUCAAUUCUCAGAUACA